AUGAACGUCGACGGCAAGGUCUUUGCAGUGACGGGGGCAGGCUCAGGGAUGGGAGCCGCCAUCGUGCACCUUCUGGCUCGACGGGGUGCGCGUGCAGUGGCCGCCAGCGACAUCUCGGCGAAGGGGCUCGAGACCCUCAAAAGCUCUGUCGCUCAACUCAAUCUAGGCACUGAAAUUCACACGACGGUCUUGGACGUAACAUCGUCAGAUGCUGUAGAGAACUGGAUCCAGGACACAGUCGCCACCUUCGGGGAUCUUCAUGGUGCAGUCAAUUCGGCAGGACUGGCACAGACAAUUGGCGCUCGUCAGUCACCGGCCAUCCUGGAAGAGGCAGACGCGUCGUGGAAGCGGGUCUGGGGAGUCAAUCUCGACGGCGUUUUCUAUUGCACACGUGCUCAGAUUCGCGCGAUGAAGGCGCUCGGAAAACCCAAAAGCGACCGUGCCAUUGUGAAUAUCGCCAGCAUGGCUUCACUGAAGCAUGAUCCCGACGUCUAUGCAUACCGGUCCUCCAAAGCCGCCAAUGCCCAUUUCACGCAGAGUGUGGCGAAGGACGUCUCAAAAUUUGGGAUCAGAGUCAAUGCCGUAUCUCCUGGGUCGACCGCAACCCCCAUGUUGCGGGAGUUUACUGGCGGUAAAGACGCCCAACUGGACGACUGGAAAAGCCGAGGGUGGGAGGUCAUCGAGCCGGACGAUGUCGCUCGCGUGGUGGUCUGGCUCCUGAGUGAGGACUCGAGAUCUGUGUUUGGAGCCAACAUCAAUAUUGGCGCUGCUUUACCCUAG